UGCCGCUGUGCGCCGCUGCUGCCGUUAUUACCCUGGCUCUAAAUUCCUCUUUUUGUUGUGUGUGUGUGUGUGUGUGUGUUUUAAACGAAAAUGGCGUCCAGUCAAGGAGGUGUGGGAGCUGUCACGGCUCUCCAGAACCACCACUACUCACCUCACUGGAGCCCGGGUAACAACCAGUACCAGCAGCAGCAGCAGCAGCAGCAUCAGCACCAUCAGCACCAUCAGCACCACCACCAGUACCACCAGCAGCAGCAGCACCACACGGCCCGCAGCCUGGAGAGAGCUCUGGAGGAUGCCGUGUGCUCGGGGAUACUCAACCUGAGCGGGAGGAAGCUGAGGGAGUACCCGGGGGUGAGCUACGACCUCACGGACACAACACAAGCAGAUCUGUCCAAGAAUCGUCUUUCAGAAGUCCCGCCAGAAGUCUGUCUCUUCGCCCCGCUUGAAUCCCUCAACCUCUAUCACAACUGUAUCAAGUGCAUCCCAGAAGCCAUCAUCAACCUGCAGAUGCUGAGUUAUCUUGACAUCAGCCGGAAUCUAAUUUCCGUUUUGCCCAAGCACCUGUUCAACCUCCCCCUCAAAGUUCUGCUCGUGAGCAACAAUAAGCUGGUGUCCAUCCCUGAAGAGAUCGGCAAAGCCAAAGAACUGAUGGAACUAGAUGUCAGCUGUAAUGAGAUACAGGUGCUGCCUGUCCAGGUGGGGCGUCUGCAAGCCUUACGAGAACUGAACAUCAGGAAAAACUGUCUGCAGAUGCUUCCUGAAGAAUUAGCCGACCUGCCUCUCAUUCGCCUCGACUUCUCCUGCAAUAAGAUCACAGAGAUUCCAGCAGUUUACAGGAAACUCAGGCAACUGCAGCACAUCAUCCUAGAGAACAAUCCUAUGCAGUCUCCUCCAGCACAGAUUUGCCUCAAAGGCAAAGUGCACAUUUUUAAGUACCUGAACAUCCAAGCAUGCAGGUUAGAUAAGAAGCCAGACACCCUGGACCUUCCCUCCCUCAGCAAACGCUGUCUUCCUCAGCCGCUAACAGACAGCAUGGAAGACUUUUAUCCGAGUAAGAACCAUGGGCCCGACUCUGGAAUUGGGAGUGACAAUGGUGACAAGAGGCUGUCUACAACAGAGCCUUCAGAUGACGACACCGUCAGCCUCCAUUCUCAGGUGUCUGAAACAGCCCGCGCCGACGCCCUCUCACUCCUUUCCAAAAUGGACUCUUGCAAAGAUCAGGAUCUGUAUGACUUUAUAGAACCCAACCCCGAUGAGGAUCCUGCUCUGUCAGAGUGUGACGGACAGCAGAACUGUCAUGUGUCGUGUAUUAAGGAACUGGAAAAAGUUCUUAACUUAUCUCAUUCAAGCAAAGACAAAGAGAGCUGGAAAGAGGAGUCAGGCUCAGACAAGGAGCAGCUCCUUGAGGAGGAGGAUGACGAGCUGAAGGAGGUGCUGGAUCUGAGGAAGAUUGCAGUUCAACUUCUGCAGCAGGAGCAGCAGAACAGACGACGCUCCUUAAUUUGCAGAGCUGAAAGUCUCAUCCAUCGUCGCAGAGUGACAGGUCGGGCGCACAGGUUCCUAAGUCACUCUGGGAGCUCCAGCAGCAAAGCCAGGCCUCCUCUUCAGCCUCGCAGUGCUUCCUUGGAUGAGGGAAGAAGUGACACAUCAGUACUUAGUGGACAGCCCUCGUCGUCCUGCUCUUUCGACGGCAACCUGAAAACAGAUCAAUCGGACUCUGAGUCCAAAUGGCCAUUGGUCCCGCCUGUUCUCAAUCAAAAUGAAGAUCGUAAGAGGAACAAAUACCUGAGAAAAGAUUAUCUCAAGUACAAAUGCCAGAGUGCUCGGAAAAGCUGCUGCGGAAAUGACAACUGUGAGGAGAGCUUGCGUAACUCUGAUUUCAGCAGCACUCUCACCGUUUUUGGACUCAAGCCACGAUCAGCCUUCACCCGAGGAGGUCAUCAGGAGUUCAGCUCGACGGAGCCCAGCUUCACCAUGAGGAGAAAGAUGGAGCAUUUAAGAGAAGAGAUUGAGCAGAUAGGCCUCCUACGACAGAACAUUGAGUCCAGACUGAAGGUGUUGCUUCCCGACGAUGUUGGGGGCGCCCUGAUGGACGGAGUGGUUCUCUGUCAUUUAGCCAAUCACAUUUGUCCUCGCUCUGUGGCCAGCAUCCAUGUGCCGUCACCUGCAGUGCCGAAGCUCAGCAUGGCUAAAUGUCGUAGGAAUGUGGAGAACUUCUUGGAUGCCUGUAAGAAAAUGGGAGUCCCACAGGACAAGCUGUGUCUUCCCCAUCACAUCCUGGAAGAGCGUGGCCUGGUGAAGGUGGGCGAGACCGUGCAGGCUCUGCUGGAUCUCCCCGCCAUGAAGCCCACGCAACUGUCAGCUGCUUAACCCCCACCUCCACCCCCAUGAGAAAACCCUCUCUUGACCCGGUGGCCCAUGGGUCUUUAGGCGUCUGCUUGUGUGCCUGACUGAAACAGUGGAAGUUUCAGUAUCUCACAAAGUUGAGUACACCCCAACAUGUGUAUUCGAUCCUGCCAAGGGACAGUUCUGCUAAUAUGGGUGUUCUUGGUCUGGGCCCAGAAUGCAGAGACAACAGGCAAAGUGCAGGUAAAAAUAUUUAGUUAGGGAACACAUAACAAAAAUAGUGCUGCAGGGAAGAGCACAGAAGAAAAGGGGCUGGCAUAGGAAGCUUCUUGAUUGACAGCCGGGUACACCCUUUUCAUCUGAUUGGAACAGGUGAGGAAAACAAAGGGAAAAUGGAAAUAAGGAAUAUAUUACAGGAAACUUAUAAUAAAAUCCAAACUGUCAUGAGAGCUCAUAACCAAUUUAUCUUGAGACAACUUUAGAGUAGCCUGCGUGCAACCUAUAUAGACGGCCUUUGCAGCUCUAUGCCCAAAAGAAUUAAGGCAGUGCUCGAUAUCAAUGGGUCUCCCAUUUCCACUCAAUUGUUACAUAGUAUUGUCCCUUGAGCUGAAAUGUGAGGGGUGUCCUCAUGUUUGCAUCUUAAAUACACAACUUUGGGUGAUUACGGUAGGCAACACUUCAUUUUUUUUCUGUGAGAAUCCUGUUUGUAGCUGAAUCAUCAAUAAGUGGCACUAUCCAGCACUGGCUGCAGCGUGCUCAAACAACCACCAGGUAGCAUCUGUGAGCAGAUAAUACUGUAUCAUCUCUUCCUGACCUAUCAGGUCGGUAGUACAUUUUUUAUUCUUCCCUCACGCCCUCCCAUUAGAGCAAAAAUACAGUGUUACCUCCUGUAGUGUGUGACUGAACACUGUUGUGAUGCUGUCACUCAACCUGGCUAAUUAUACGGCAUGUUUUGUAAAAAGGCCCAAGUAUGCCUUUGAUUUAGGUAAUUACACGGUCUGCCUUGUUUCCUUUUAGUGACGUGUGGAUUUGGAUUCGGGUACCUCUAGUGCUGCUUACAUGAUGACUAGUUUUACGUGGAAAUUACCUCCAUUGCAAAAUCUUUGGAAUGAUUCAAAGUUGGAAACUCCAUGGGAGCUUACGUGAAUAACUUCUGCACAAUUGCAGGUUACACCGUUUAGGCGAUGUUCUUUUGAACAACAGGCCUGUUAUUUUUGGUGGUUGAGUGAUAGGACAUAGUUCGAGUACGAUUCACAAAUACACAAGUAAGAAAGCAUCAUUUUAAAAUGCAUUAUGAGUACAAGUGAGCCUAUCUAAUUUGAAUACGUGCCUCUUUGCAACCUAAUUGUCCCUUUAGAAUUGAAAUGUCAUGUUCUUCUAUUUUUAAUAGUUUGUUUUGAAUUACUGUUAUUGAAACAUUUUUUUAACAGCAAUAUUUAAUUCUGAAGUUCUUUAUUUACACUUUUCUCCAGCUCAUAUUUGAAUGUACUACUUUGUCUGCUUCCUCUAAUUAUUUGACUCACAUCAUUAGAAAAAAUGUUGCGUUAAAACAUUUUUACCUUUAAUUUGCAUUUUACGUAUAAUGUAUAAAAAUUGUCCAUAUCUUGUCCUUUUUGAUGUUUUAUUUAAUCAGCAUUUACAAAUUUCUUUAUGCAACAAUCAAAGGUUGCAUUCAUGUUAGCAAUCUUAGUGAACAACAAAAUGUAAUUAGAUGAAGAGGGAGAGAAAAGAAAUGAAUCCAAUGUGCAGACUACCUCAGAUGUCACAUGCUUUGACUUCCACAAAUCCCCCACAAAUCAGCAUUGCUGAUAAGGUUGACACUGCUGAUAACAAUCACUGCUUGCCAGAGAUGGGAACCGACUGGUUACUCAAUGUUCAGCCCAUUCCAUUUGCUGACAUAUGUAUAUCAUGACUAGAAAAUAGAUAUAAACGCAUCAAAACAUUAUCAAGCCCACUCUGAAAUGAAAAAAAUAGGUUAUGAGUCAAAAGUUAAAAUGUUGACUAUGUUAAAAGAAAACUAAUGUUUUACCUGCUUUAUAGCACCAAGAUAAAAUCUGUGAUUUUUAAAAAUAUAUAUAUUUAACAGCUUCCUAGCAGGCACAAGACAUUAAAACAACGUUGAGAACUUGUUGAAUUAGGUCCUGACGUUGAGCAACUCCAACAUAACAUUAGAACAACAUGCUUUUUGACAAAGUUUAAUCAAUGUUGGUUUCUGAUGUUGAUUUGACCAUUGAAUUUUGGUCAUUUCCCAAUCAAUAUUCUACAACACAAAUACAACGUUGAAACAACAUGCUUUUUGACAAUGUUUAUUCAAUGUCAGGUUGAGACGUUGAUUUGACCAUUGAAAUUUGGUCAUUUCUCAACCAACAACGUGGAUCCAAUGUUGGACAUCAACGUUGUCUCAAUUUAUAAAUACAACUAUUUUUCAGUUUAAAAAAACAUGUAUGCAUAAUCAACAAAGUAUCGAUGUCUUGUGCCUGCCGGGUUAGCAUACAUUAUUUUAUAUUGGAUUGAUUUUGGUUUAAUAAACAAAAAGGCCUUCAAUAUGUCUGUGUGCGGCAAUAAAGGUGUAAAAUGUAAGUUUGCUGAUUUGUUUUACCGCUAAUAUCACACAUGCAGUUCUAGGACCUCAAACAUGCUCGAGGAUUGGUUUUACCAGACACUCAUUUAUUUGUUGCGGCCUGCCAUAAAAUUAGUAUACACUAAAGUGAACAAGCUCCAGCAAGUAGUGAAGAUUAGAAAAAAGAAAACUCCUUGAUUUUAUUUUGUUAGCAUUUUCAUCAUUCACUGCUGCACAUCAACAGCUGUGAGGUGCUCAAUGUGGAAGUGUUAUGUUCAUGAACUCAUUCUGAUGAGUGACUCACAGUAAAAACAAAAGAAGAAGAAUCACAACAGCAGACAGACACUGCCAGGGGGUUACAAUUAUGUGCUGUAUAUUUACGCCUUUUUAAAGAAAUAGUACAUGUGUGCAUGUAAUAAUGACAAAUGCUCUGUAAAUAUCAUCUGUAUAAAUCCCUGCUGUUUCUUACAAAAAAUAUGACACUGACAAAAUAAAUUCUUUGCUCAAUCUAUUUGGGGUUUUUUGUGUAACAUUUU